AUGAUGGCAAAGGGAGAUAACCUUAGCACCAACUUGCUGGUGGCAGAGACUGCAAGUCUGGAAGAGCAGCUGCAAGGAUGGGAAGAGGUGAUGCUGAUGGCUGAUAAAAUCCUCCCAUGGGAAAGACCCUGGUUUCCACCUGCCAUCAUUGGUGUGUUUUCUUUGGUGUUUCUGACCACCUACGGUCUAGAUCCAUCUGUUCUUUCCUGUGUUUCCUGUUUUGUUAUGUUUUUGUGCUUGACUGACUACCUUGUUCCCAUUCUAGUGCCUAGAAUUUUUUACUCUAAUAAAUGGACUACUGAGCAGCAGCAAAAACUCCAUGAAAUUUGUAGCAGUCUAGUAAAAACUCGAUGCAGAGCUGUGGGCUGGUGGAAACACCUCUUCACAUUAAAGGAUGAAAAGCUAAAAAUAUACUUCAUGACCAUGAUCAUUUCUUUUGCUGUGGUUGCUUGGGUGGGACAGCAGGUCCACAACCUUCUUCUGACCUACCUGAUAGUGACUUUCUUAACUGAUGCUUCCUGGACUAAAACAAUCUGGAGUUAUUUUGAAGUACAUUGGAAUGACCAAAAGGGAGAUGAACAAGCUUCUUAAGCAAAAAGAAAAGAAAAAUGAAUAACGUCUUCUUCAUUAAGUGUGAUUAAUGAUGUGUAUAUUGAUUGUCCUUGGGAACAGUUUCUAUUAUCUGGAUACUAAAGUGUUACAGAAGUAGCUCUUUGCUCUUCACUCCUUCUUCCCUUAGUUACUAGAAAAUCAGACUUGCCACACAAGGCUUUUAUACAUAGUAUCUUCGUGUCAAGUGUAUCUGGGUGCAUUGUCAU